AUGUUCCGUGCUGCUACCGUUUACUCUCUUGCAAAAUCUAACAGUUCUAUCGAAAACAUUCAUGCAGCCGUCACUACCUCCUUCGCCCCACUCACGGGUCUGUUCUCUACGCAAAUCACGGCCAUCCAACCACUGUCUCGGCGAAGUUUAAGGCCAACUGCCCGUCGGCCCGUCUCUACAGACCGACCACCUACCUGUUGUUCGCGUGUCGUCGCCACCCGCUACUCGACCACCAACCGGCUAGGCGGGUUAGACACGCGUGAACUCCUCGUCGCUCGCCCGGGCGGUACCGGUGAAUGCGUUUGUUUCCGUCUAGUUUUCGUCCGUUUUCCGCUCGCUUCCGGUGGAACUCUGACGUCGUCGUCUGCACAACUCGUCUCUCCUUCAGUUUCUCCUUUUGCGUCUCGCACGCUGCCGCCGCCAUCUUCAGCGUCUCGACGACGCGAAUUGUGGAUUUGUCGUAAAACGAAAGCAUUGAAAAGUAACCCGGCACCACCGGCGACUGUAAAAGGCUCGCUUCUCUAUUUUAGUCACCCCACCGGAGGAUUCCAUUCAUUGUCCUUGCGGCGGUCGAUAACGAGGCGCAUACCUGUUUGA